AUGAAUAAAUCUAUUUGGCCGAAGAGGAGGAAUGAUCAUAACACGAGUGAAGAACAAGAUAAAGCAAAGUCUGCUGUAUACCGAUCACCCUAUCCAGACUUAGUUUGGCAUCAGGGAUGUGAUCAAGCGACAGAUAAUAUGGAUUUUAUUGCAACCUGGUCAACAGAUCAUCAAAUAAACAUUAUGUCAAGACUGAAAUCUUUAAUUAUUUGGCCAGAUAACACAGAUGCACUUGGUCCUCGUAUUGAAGUGAUGAAUAAUCAGGCUAAAUUUUGUCUAGCACAUCUUGUUCAAGAAGUUUUCAACUACAAGAACCAUCUGGAUAACUAUCCUGCGAAAAUGACCGGUAAAAGUCAUCACCUUAGUAAUCCAUAUGAAGAUAUUGGCAGUGGAAUAUUUAUGAACCGUGCUGCUAUGGUAAUGGCUAAUAUCGAUUCUUUACUUGAUGGAAUGUUCACAAAGGCUGCAGCGGAUGAUGAUAUUUUAUAUUUUGCGGAUAUUUGUGCGGGACCCGGUGGAUUUUCAGAAUAUAUUUUAUGGCGAAGAUGUAAUUCUUCACUGAAUGUGUCCAGUAAUUGUCGAAGUUGGAGUAAACUGACUAAAAGCCAACACUAUCUGCUAAAGGAUUUGGUAUGA